CAGCUAGCUAGAGAUAAUAAGUAGUUGACACUUUGUUUUAGUCCAAAUAUUGUUUGGAUAUGUGAGUGAGUGAAAAACCAUCUUUUAUAUAUAUAUAUACAUACAAGUCUCUCUCUCUCUCUCUCUCAAAAUAAAAAACUUCCAACAACAUGGCCGAGGAGAAGUGGUACUAGCUAUAGAAGAGAAGGCAAUACAUGAGGCAACAACAAAAACACCUCUCAACACAGUAGUUUUGGGGUUCUGAAUUUAUAAAAGGUUUGGACUUUGGAGUUAACGAUAUCAAUGUACUUUUUAUAUAUAUAACAAUCACUUUGUUGGGCACGAUUUGUUAUGUAAAUCCGCCAUGAUACCAUAUGUACAUGACACUUUUUUCUUUUCUUUUUUUUAUAUCAAAUUGUUACGUAAAGACAUAAUAAUACUAUAAUAUAUAUGUUUUGAUGUGUGUUAGUUUAAUCUCUUGACCCCAGAGUAGUACUAACAACUGGUCCGUUUAAGUGUACUUUCUUUCUUUCCUUCUUUCUUUCUUUUUUUUCUUUGUUGGCUCACACUCCUUUUUAUUAGUCUUUUUAUCCCUUUUGUCAAAACCAUAUAGGAUAAACACAUUAUAAAGAGAGAUCAUCAUGUGCCCUGGUAGUGGUACUGAAUCUCGAGGGAUUAUAAAUGGGCUUGACCCUUUGUUACCAAAAGAUAAUAAUGGUGGUGGUGCUUGUGGUACUGGUGGUGGAGACUACAAUGAUGCCAUAAUGAGACCACUCGUUGUUGAAGGCAGCGGCGGCGACGGCGGCACUGGUGGCGCCACCACCAGUGGCUUUCUACAAGGCUUUCUUCAACGCUUUUUUCCGGCCAAUAGCCUUCUCCGAACUCUACCCCUUAGUGAGGUGAGUGAAGAGCUACGAUCGUUGCUGAAAAUUGCAUGCCCUAUAAUAAUGACAAGCAUGCUCCUCUACUCUCGCUCAAUCGUUUCGAUGCUCUUCUUGGGCCGACUCGGCAAAACCGAACUCGCUGGUGGAUCACUAGCUUUGGGCUUUGGAAACAUCACUGGAAACUCCAUUCUUCGUGGGCUUUCAACCGGAAUGGACCCAAUAUGUUGCCAGGCCUAUGGGGCCAAGCGAUUGUCCGUACUAAGCCAUGCUUUCCAAAAGACCUUUUGUCUCCUCCUCCUCGUCUCAAUCCCAAUUGCGACCCUCUGGCUCAACAUGGAGCCCAUUUGCAUCUGGUUAGGCCAAGACCCAGCUAUCACUCGAGUCGCCAAAAUCUACAUGGCCUUUUCAGUCCCAGAGCUUCUGGCCCAGGCCCAUCUCCAGCCUUUGAGAAUCUUCCUCAGAACACAAGGCCUCACAGUCCCACUCACCGUGGCUGCCACGUGUUCAGCUAUCCUUCACUUACCUAUAAAUUACUUCUUAGUCACAUAUUUGAAAUUGGGCGUGGCGGGGGUGGCCCUGGCCCUGGCUUGGAACACAAUGAAUUUGAAUGUGGGCCUGUUGAUUUACAUUUUGGUCUCUAGUAAGCCCUUGAAACCGUGGAGUGGGCUUACGAUUUUGUCAACUUUUACGGGUUGGGGCCCACUUCUCAAACUUGCCUUACCCAGUUGUGCUGCGGUUUGUUUGGAGUGGUGGUGGUAUGAGAUUAUGAUGUUCUUGUGUGGUAUUUUGAAAAACCCUCAAGCUAGUUUGGCAUCCAUGGGGAUUUUGAUCCAAACCACAGGAAUGUUGUAUGUUUUUCCUAUUUCGUUGAGUGCGGGCUUGACAACUCGUGUUGGGCAUGCUUUGGGCUCGGGCCAACCUGUUCGAGCCCAAUGGACCGCUAUUCUUGGGCUUACUCUAGCCUUUGGGUUUGGACUUUCGGCUUUGGUUUUCACGAUUGUGGCUCGGUCUUGGUGGGGGAGAUUGUACACUGAUGAGCCUCAAGUUCUUGACAUGCUUUCAAAAACAUUACCAUUACUUGGGCUUUGUGAGCUUGGGAAUACACCUCAAACUGCUGCGUGUGGGGUGUUGAAUGGUAUGGCCCGACCCAAUUUAGGGGCCCGGAUAAAUUUGUGUGCUUUUUAUGGUGUUGGAUUACCUGUUGCUGUUUUGGCUACUUUUACAUUUAGGGUUGGGUUUUUGGGCCUGUGGAUUGGGCUUCUUUCGGCCCAAAUAGCUUGCUUAAGUAUGAUGGUUUAUGUUUUGAUCCAAACCGAUUGGAAACAACAGAGUAAACGGGCCGAAGAAAUGGCUUCGGGUACAGAUGAGGAAAAUGAGAAGAAUCAUAGAGAAGAAGAAGAAGAGGAGGAGGACGAAGAAACUGGAUUACUUAGUACUAAUAUUUAAAAAAAAAUUACUUUUUUUCUUUAUUUUUUUAAGAGAGAUUUUGGGAAAAAAAAUUAUAAUACCUAACUGAGUCAAAAUCAUUUUCCAAUGUUGAAAUUUGCACCAUAUUUUUUUUAUAUGUAUAAUUUCUUUGCGGUGUUGAAAAAAAGAAAA